AUAUCGCAUCCACAAUAGAAUUCGAUCCCCGCCUUAAAAACUUCCUCGUACUGCUUCUGCUUACAAGAGAACUCUUUCUCAAAUCUCACCCUUACUGUAUUCACGUUAACUUGCUAAUUGUCGUACGACACGUAGGUCCUUCAGAUCGAAGCGUGAUACGUAAUCAAAAUCGAGAAGAAUGCAUUACCACCAGGAGGCGGCGGCCGAGUCGUGGGGCUACUAUGCAGCUGCACCACCGGCGGCGGGGGUGAGGCACGGCAUCAGCAUGGGAGGAGCGGACCCGUUGGAGAGGGUGGUGAGGCUGGCAUCGGGGAGUGCGGUGGUGAUAUUCAGCAUGAGCACUUGCUGCAUGUGCCAUGCAGUCAAGAGGCUGUUUUGCGGGAUGGGAGUGAACCCGACUGUUUACGAGCUGGAUCAGGACCCCAGGGGCAAAGAAAUCGAGAGGGCUCUCAUCAGGCUCCUUGGGAACUCGCCGCCUGUUCCGGUGGUGUUCAUCGGAGGGAAGCUCGUGGGUGCCAUGGACAGGGUCAUGGCUUCCCAUAUCAAUGGGACAUUGGUCCCCCUCCUCAAAGAAGCCGGAGCUCUUUGGCUUUAAAAAAAAUAUAUUU